AUGGGAGAUGAAGAUGUUGAUGGGAAGUGUAGAAUCAUAUCUGCAUGUUCCUCAGCCAAACUCUUUCUCUUCAUGGUUCCUCUUGUUCUAGUUUCUGGUUUCGUCUUUGUAAAUAUUGGUCCUAAAAGUUCAACAUCUUUCUCAACCUCUUUGUCCACUAUACAUCUUUCUCCUCCGGUUCUACCCUCUUCUCCACCCCUGCCUCCGUCGCCGGCACCAUCUCCUUCUCAGGCGGCGACGGAAGUGUUGUUUCCAGCAUCAUCUUUAUCGGCUAAAGAAGAUUCUGUUCAGGGGGAUUAUAAUCGGACAAUUCAAUUGAACCCGAUCAACAUUACUUUAAGGAGUAGUAACGUUACUUCUACGGCAUCUUCGAAACGAAUGAAGAAAAGAGUUACUAGCAAUUUAGAGAAACUCGAACUCCAACUACAAAAAGCUCGACUCGCCAUUAAAGCCGCGUCGAUGGACGAUCCCGUGGACGACCCGGACUAUGUACCUCUUGGUCCGAUGUAUUGGAACGCCAAGGUCUUUCAUCGGAGCUACUUGGAGAUGGAGAAACAAUUCAAGAUAUUUGUGUACAAAGAAGGCGAACCACCGUUGUUCCAUGACGGUCCAUGCAAAAGCAUAUACUCCAUGGAAGGAAACUUCAUCUACGAGAUGGAAAGAGAUACUCGUUUCCGUACCAAUAAUCCUGACAAGGCCCAUACCUUUUAUUUACCUCUCAGUGUCGUCAAGAUGGUAAGAUAUGUGUAUCAACGCGACUCUCACGAUUUUGGCCCCAUCCGAAGAACCGUGAGGGAUUACAUCGAUCUUGUUAGCGAUAGAUACCCGUUUUGGAACCGUAGCAUUGGAGCUGACCAUUUCAUACUCUCUUGCCAUGACUGGGGUCCUGAGGCAAGCUUUUCUCAUCCACAUUUAGGACAAAACUCGAUCCGAGCUCUAUGUAAUGCCAACACAUCAGAGAGAUUCAAACCGAGAAAAGAUGUCUCCAUACCAGAGAUCAACCUACGGACCGGUUCCUUAAAAGGAUUACUCGGUGGCCCAUCACCGUCCAUCCGUCCAAUCCUUGCCUUCUUCGCAGGAGGUGUGCACGGACCGGUAAGGCCGGUUUUGCUCCAACAUUGGGAGAACAAAGACAAUGACAUUAGAGUCCACAAGUAUCUCCCUAAAGGAACGUCUUAUUCGGACAUGAUGCGGAGCAGCAAGUUCUGCUUAUGUCCGAGCGGCUACGAGGUAGCGAGUCCUAGGAUCGUCGAGGCGCUUUAUUCUGGCUGCGUUCCUGUUUUGAUAAACUCCGGGUACGUUCCUCCUUUCAGCGAUGUGUUGAAUUGGAGAUCGUUCUCGGUGAUCGUCUCCGUGGAGGACAUACCAAACUUGAAAAAGAUCUUGACGUCGAUAUCUCCUAGACAGUAUCUAAAGAUGUACCGGAGAGUGUUGAAGGUAAGACGGCAUUUUGAGGUGAACUCUCCGGCUAAGAGGUUUGAUGUGUUUCAUAUGAUUCUUCAUUCGAUUUGGGUAAGGAGAUUGAAUGUGAGGAUACGUGAGGUAUGAGUUAAUAAUGGGUUGGUUUGUAGCUUUUUGUAUGUUUGGGGUGUGAAAUUAGUCCUGUAUUAAGUAUAAUUUGUCUUCAUUAAAUUUGUAAUAAACAAAUAAUGCAUUGUUUGUUGUUUAGAAAAUAA